AUGUUUCCAGAUUGCCCUAGGGGAUGGAGCAUACACGGCGUUUACACAUUGCAAGUAGCGAACUACCCCUCGCCAUUCCAAGUGUACUGUUACUACAGCGGGAUCACCAUCCAACGGAGGAAAGACUGCAGCGAUAACUUCUUCUUCAAGACCUGGCAGGAAUACAAGGAUGGUUUCGGCGAUGUCAGCACAACGUGCUUCUGGUUGGGAAACGAGAAGAUCAAGGCUAUAACGGACCAGGGUGAAUAUACCCUGUCCGUGAAACCACGGCAUGGAACGAAUGCCCGAUAUAAGGACUUCCGGCUGAAACCGGAAGAGGAAGGCUAUGCGUUGGAAUAUCGUGAGUUUAGUUCCAGCAGGUGGUGGGGGUCCGGCAACACUGAGGACGGGUUUGGCGGUGGUGGAUCCGAAACGAUGCUCAAUGGUAUGGAGUUCUAUACGCAUGACAAGGACAACCCAUCCGGAUGUGCCUCGGACCGGAAGUCAGGUUGGUGGUACAACACCGGGUGCGCAUUCGGUGAUCUGAAUCAAGAUGUCGGGCCGGAGUGGCCAGGCGGCGAGAGUGGAGAACUUACUGGAUACGAUGAUGUCUCAAUGAGGUUGAAUCAUUAUUGGUGA